UUAUGGGAGAGAAGGAGCCAUGUCAGAAGAAGGUGUUGCUGAGACACGAUUUUCUCUGAAGACGGCAGCUUUGAGGGUGUUUCAUCUCCCCCUUUCUUGGUAUUAUUCUCUUAACCAGGUAAAGCUCUCCCCUGGGCUGAAGAAGCUUUUCACAGUCACAGCAGUGAGUGCAAUAUCAGUGAUUUUUCUGGCCCAUCACUUCAAGAGGAGACGUGGAAAGAAGAACAAGAAAGUGCCACCAUGGGAACCAAAUCACCUGGUGUUGGAGUGCACCAAAGCAGCUGAUUCAGAGAAAGGUUCCAGCUGUUCCAGCAGUCGACAAAACCUGACCCUUUCUCUGAGCUCUGCCAAGGAAAAGGGAUCUCAGUCUUGUAUCUAUGCAAAUGGGGGACUUUUCAGCAAGUACUCUGGUUCGGUCCAGAGCCUGACCUCGGUUCAGAGUGCCACCUCUUGUCACAGCUGCGCUUGUGCCAAUUCCAAUUCCUGGGACAAAGCAGAUGAAGAUGACAUCAAGCUUGUCAAUAUUCCGGUGACUACACCUGAAAACUUGUAUUUGAUGGGCAUGGAGCUGUUUGAGGAGGCCCUGCGGCGCUGGGAGCAGGCGCUCACCUUCCGCAGCAGGCAGGCUGAGGAUGAGGCCAUCUGCGGCUCCAUCAAGCUGGGAGCAGGAGAUGCCAUUGCAGAGGAAAGUGUGGAAGAUAUCAUCAGUGCUGAAUUCAUUCACAAGCUGGAAUCUCUCCUCCAGAGAGCUUACCGCCUUCAGGAGGAGUUCGAGGCCACCCUGGGGGUCUCUGAUCCUGCUGCUCUAGCAAAUGAUAUCGAUAAAAACACAGACGUGACAGUGAAGGAUAACGGGGAUGAUUUCUGCCUUCGGGACACACUGAGCAUUGCAUCGACAGACUCCUUUGUUUCCACAGCUGAGCUGCCAGAGCACAGAGAGGCUCGGAACACCCUGGGGCUGGACUCCCUGUGCCACUGCCCGCUGUAUGAAGAGGCCAUGCACCUGGCAGAGGAGGGCAAGAUAUACUCCAGGGUGCUGAGGACUGAAAUGUUUGAGUGUCUGGGGGACAGUGACUUCCUUGCCAAGCUCCACUGCAUUCGCCAGGCUUUUCAGGUAAUUCUUUCAGAAACAGCAAACAGAAUAUUCCUUGCUGAAAGUGGAAGAAAAAUUUUGUCUGCUUUGAUUGUGAAAGCACGAAAGAACCCAAAGAAAUUCGAAGAUGUCUUUGAUGAAAUGAUAUAUUUUUUGGAACAAACAGAUCACUGGGAUAACACUGAAAUGGAACUCGCUGCUCGAGGGGUGAAAAACCUGAAUUUUUAUGACGUUGUUCUGGACUUCAUAUUAAUGGAUUCGUUUGAAGAUUUGGAAAAUCCGCCCAUAUCGAUACAGAAUGUAGUGAAUAACCGCUGGUUAAACUCCUCUUUUAAAGAAACUGCUGUGGCUUCGAGCUGUUGGUCAGUCCUGAAGCAGAAAAGACAGCAAAUGAAGGUGCCUGAUGGAUUUUUUGCACAUUUCUAUGCCAUCUGUGAGCAUAUCAGCCCUGUUUUGGCGUGGGGCUUUUUGGGCCCUAGGAAUUCCCUUUAUGACUUAUGCUGCUUCUUCAAGGAUCAAGUGCUUUUCUUCCUCAAGGACAUUUUUGACUUCGAGAAGGUGAGGUACUCCAGCAUGGAGAGCCUGGCCGAGGAUCUCACCCAGCUGCUGAUCCGCCACACGGAGCUGCUGAUGGCCUACCUGGGAGCGGAUUCCCUCAGACACGUGGGGGGCUGCGUGAGCGGCCACGGCCACGUCGUCACCGGGGGGCUCUUGGAAGCCAAAGUACAGUGA